AUAUUUCGCACUUAUAUUAAUUUUAUUAAACGUCUAAACAGUGUUUUUAUUUACUUGUUGGUGUGUUAAACGUGUUCAAGUUUUGUAAUUUAUUUAAUUGUAAUUUUUCACUAUUUGGAACAUUAAAACAUUGAAAGUGAGGUUUCCAAAAGAAGAAAAUAAGAAACAAAAAUUCAUGAGACUGCUCAAUACAAAAGCUUAAUAAAUCAAUUUAUGUUUAACUCAGGGAUAUUUAUUAAAAAUCUACGGGAUUAUUACAUUUUGAGUUGGUAACACUAUCUGACUGGAGCGACAUCCGGUUUCUUCUAAUGCAUUGUUAAUUGUUGGCUAUUGUAAUACCACUGCCAGCUCGUCGACUUGUACAACGUACAACAUUCUUCAGAGUAGCAGCACUACAGCAGCACUCUGCGCGAACACAUCAGAAAUUCAUUGUAUCCAGUUUUUGGGCGGCAACAGGUUGUAAGAUAUUAUCACAGAAGACAAGGAAUACAUAAUUAAUUUGUCAUCGUCGUCAUUAUUAUUACCGUUUGGCACGUACCGAAAAACUACAUUGAGGGGACUUAAAUAAUGGGCGCUUUCAAUGAGAUUAUUACUGCCACCAUUGAAAUAAUGACCUUGCCGGUACUUAUACUGCUCUUUGCAGUGUUAUUAUACAUCUACGGAUCUUUCUGCCUGUUAACAUGGUGUUUGACGCCCAAUCAGCGUCUUAAUCCUACAGGUUACCGGCGAGGGAAAAUCCCCGACAUAAAAACUUCGCGAUCCAAAUCAAAAAAGUCAACAUCCGUCGCAGUCCAAUUGAAGGAUAUCAAUAUCAAAGAUACGGGCACAUCACAAUUGCAGAUUUUUAACAGUUGUGGGUCAAAAUCUAGCACGACUUUUUAUAAUAUUGAGAGUGAUUCAAAGCAGAAGAUGGAGUAUCAAAGAGAAGAGGAGAAUUUUAUUACUGUUUUAUCUAAACGUGAACGUCGAAGUCUUCAGCAUAAGAAAAAUCAACAACAGAAAAAAGAUGAAGAACAACAAUUAAAGAACCAACAAGAACAAAAACAACAGCGACAUCAUAAGCUAUUGCCGGAUAAAAACGAAUUUCCUACUAUCAAAAAUAUUGUCAUUACACCAAUCGAGCCAAUAUUUGCUGAAAACAACGCUUGGGCGAAGGCUUUACAAUGGAAGGACGACGAUAAAGCUAAGAUAUUACAAGCUGAACAAAAAACAAUUGAAAGUGUGUGCGUGGAUAAGCAAAAACAUAGUGUAAAAAAACAGGAACAAGAGAAGCAACAAAAACUAAAAAAGCAACAACAAAAAAAACCAGAAGAGCGACAGGAGCUAGAGAAAAAACAGCAAAAUAACCAAGAAAAUCUAUUGCAAAACAACCAGAAGAAACAAGAAAAACCCUCGAAACCAGAAAAAAAAAACUCGAAACAAGAAAAUGAGCCAGAGAAGCAGUGUGAUGACACGAUGAACGAGAAACGUUGCAAGAAGCACGAUACGGUAAUUAAGGAACUACGUCAGGAAAAUGAAAAAAUACGGCUUCAAUAUGAGUCUUCAAAAAAUUACUGGACAGACAUUGAAUUUAAAACUGUCCUAGAAGGCGUGCGUGCGGAAAUUGAAAUAAAAAGGCUAGACGCAAUUAAAUCAUUAAUAGAAAAACAUCAGACGGCUUUGGCAGAACUAAAUAGUGAACACGAGGCGGAGAUCAAAGGAUUACAUUUGCACUAUCAAACGAGGUUAAAUGACUUAAAAUUGGAUCAUGGUUUAGCAGUCAGGGCAAUUCAUACGAAUCACACAAUUGUAGUCAACGAUUUGAAGAAUAUGAAUUACGGCCAGAAUCAACGUCACGAGACCGCUAUGCAAAGUCUACGUGACGUUAAUGAAAGGAUGGGUAAAGAGCAUCGGAAUGAAAUACGUAAAUAUGAGAAUACGAUAAAGGAACAAGAGAUUAGAAUUAAAACUCUAAUAGAGGAAAAAGAACUUCUUUGUGCUCAAGAAAAAUUGGUUCGAGAGCUGAGUGAAAAAAAUAUUGAUCAACAUCAUAUCACCAUUGAAUCACAAAUAACUAAUGACCACGAUGAUAAAGAUGUCGACAUCAGAACAGCCACAACCGCCGAUGAUGAUACCGUCGAUACCAUAGACAUGUUAAAGAGUCAAAACUCAACGCUUAACAACACUGCAGUACAGUAUAACCAAAUAUUUGACGAUACGGAACAAAAGUUGAUCCAGUUACAUGGAUACACUUCCAGCAAUGAUUCUGAUUGCUCGUCUCACACGGAAGAUCUACUACAGCAAUUAAACGAUGUUGAAGUUGACGCUCUUCAGUCAAACGCAUGCAGUCCACAAAAGAGUCAUGACUAAGACUGAGAUUAAAAUGUAAAUAUGUAAAUAUAGCAUUUCAAAUAAGUAGAAUGACAAAAAUCAGUUUAAAAUAGCAUGCACACAAACGACCUAUAUAUUAUGAGUGUGUAAGUUAAGUUAAAAGGAUGGAAGUUAUCAAUUUUUACGGAUUGAAAAACUCUAGUUAAGCCAAUCGAAUUAUAGGAAAUAUGGAAUUUUGGGAAUCAUGCACAUAGGAUAAAUAAAUAUACAUAUUGAACUAAAGUUUAUUAUAAUACCAUUUAUUAAUCAUUCUAAUUAUAUAGAUAAAACAUUUUAAUCAAAUUAUAAAUUAUAUUAAAGAUAUUACUUACAAAUUUUAUUGUAACUAAAUAAUCAAAUAUGUAAAACUAAUAAGGGACAGUAUGUUGUUCAUUAUAUUAGUUAUAUUGUAUAAAAUAUUAAUCUAUUAUAUUAUAAUGUCAAUGUGUAACUUAGUGAAUAUUAACGAUUGUAAGUUGAAAGAUUUUUGUCUUCAACAAAAACCUUUUUUUUUUAUGGGGAGGUGUCACAGUACUAUCAGCCACACCUCUUGCACUCACAUCUUGUUGUUGUUUAAUAUAUUGAAAGUUACAUUAAAUUAAAAUGAUUAUUUUGCGAUUUAAUAAAAUCAUUACAUAAAAUACUACCACAUUUGUUGUAACUCUUUUCAACCAUCCACUCGACCUGAUUCAACAUAUUGGAGUUCAUUACAAUAUUAUGGGUAAAAAAUCUAUUUUAAUUUAAAAAGGUGCAAAUGUGCGAUGCACAAUCAACAAUUUUCCCUAAGUUGGAAACUAUUACAUUUGGUAUACCUAUCAAAAAUAUACCGUGUAAUUUUUAACUUACAGACAGAACUCUUCUAGUGACACAUCAGUUAUAAAUAUCUUAAUAAUAUAUUCAAUUAGUUUUUUAUCGAACUCAAUACCAAUUACUAUUUAGUGAAAUAUCCUUGAUAUUAUAGACUAAUUUUAAGCAACUUAAAAGAUGUAAGUAUACGAUAAGGG